ACUCUUCGCCACAUGAACCUGUCGAUGAUCAUCGUUCCGAUUCUACUAACAUUCCCCGUCAUUACUGCACCCGAUGUUUCGGGCUCUACCCUGCCCGUCUUCUUCUUCUUCUGCUGCUGUUUUUUGUCGUUUUUGUUUUCUAGUUUUUCAAUGUCUGUAAGCUAAUAUUUUUUCUUUCUAAUUUCUUUUCUCGGUGGCGUGCUUUGCUGCAUCAGCAUAGCUGGCCCAUGUUGUGUCGGGUGCUCUUGCUGCGCUUUGGCUUGCUUGCCCGCGUUCUGCAUGCGGUGGUUGUUGUCUUGAGCCAGUGGGUACGUCACACUGGUUUGUGUGGUUGUGUGAGUGUGUUUGUGCAGUGUUUUGCGUCAUUUGGAUCCGGGAUUGAAGUGUUUUUGGCUGCUUUGCUAUGUUGCUAGCUCGGAGUCUUUGUUUGCGACUAGGGAGCUGGAGCGUGGAUAACUGCGAGAAUCCUGGACGUGGGGUGUGGUCAUUACAUGGUGGUGAGCUGGAUGAGGAAGGUUGAUAUGUAGAGAUUGGUAGGAGCCGUAGAAAGUAGUGCAACCAGUGCCGUGUAGCUAACGGAGAAAGAGGUGCUGGAUUUCGAUCAUGAAAUGGACAACUCUCAGAAGUGGCGGAGAUCUCAAAGCAAACCUGCGACUUAGGGCAGCACUUGUUCUCACUAGGAUUGAUUACAGAGAGGUGAUGUUCAGCGACGAGAUUCCUAAUGGAGAUUCUGACAGCUUGAAGGCUAAGAAGGCAGCCUUUACCUUUAGAUUUGGUCUGGUCCUGAAGCCAACCUUGGACUAUCCGAAUCCAACUUGUAAAUUCUGAGUUGAGGCCACCGUAAUGACGCGGCAGGAGUCGCCGAAGUCGAUAUGGCCAUCCAACAGCAGCCUAUUGCUGAGGAUUCUAGUGCUUCAGUAUGUGUUCAUGCUUACCUGGGAAGUAGGGAACGCUGCGUGUGUGCCAGAGAAAGGGUGCGACGCUGCCUACGCCUUCUACCGCACGCAGGUGGGCGAUACCUUGGUAAAAAUUGGAACUCUAUUUCAAACCACAAAUGAAAGGAUUGGAGCUGUCAACCCCGUCAUCACAGAUCUAAAUUUCAUCGACCAGAACGUUCCAUUGUACAUUCCCUUCAGAUGCGAUUGCAUCAACGACCAACUGCUGCAAAAGUUUCAGUAUCAAGUCCAAGCGACCGAUACUAUCGAAAAUAUCACUGCCAUUGUGUACGAGAAUCUUACUCAAUUGAAUUGGGUCACGGGGUUGAACUCUAUUUCAGAUCCGAAUUACGUAGAGACUGAUAGAUUCUUGGUAAUUCCAGUGAACUGUUCGUGUGGUAACCCAACUGUGAGUUCAGAUUAUGGUCUUUUCCUUACAUAUCCUGUGGUGGCUGGAACGGGUGGCAACCUGAGCGGCAUUGCUUCAGAAUUCAACGCAAGUGAGGAUCUUGUGAGAAAGUUAAAUCCCAACGUUGUCUGGGAAAAUUCACAGCCUACGCAGUAUGCUUUCAUUCCGGUGAGAGACACAAGUGGCAAGUAUCCUGCGUACAAUGGUGGCACAAUUAAAGCAGGGAAAUCUUCCAGCACGGCCUUAAUAAUAGGAGUUGCGGUCGGAGGAGUAGCUCUUAUAAUCAUUAUUUUGGCACUGCUUUACUGUUUCUGCAUCUACCAACCAAUGAAACGGCAAAAGAAGCUGAAACUUGGAGAUCCAUUUAUCAGAAGUGACGGGAAUUAUUCCGGAUCCGCUAGUGAGCAGAUCCAUUCAACUUCGUCGAAUCCAGGAAGUGCUUCCUUCAUCCCCAAAGUCUUAGCAGAUUACACCGUAGACAAGUCAGUGGAGUUUACGUAUGAGGAGCUAGCCAAGGCCACUGACAAUUUCAGCGUGGCUAAUAAGAUUGGACAAGGUGGAUUCGCAUCGGUGUACUAUGGAGUCAUACGAGGACAGAAAUUGGCCAUCAAGAUGAUGAACCUACAAGCAACCAGGGAGUUUAUGGCUGAGCUCCAAGUUUUAACCCAUGUUCACCACACGAAUUUGGUUCAACUGAUCGGUUACUGUACCACAGACUAUUUAUUUUUGAUAUACGAAUUUUUGGAGAACGGAACUUUAGACCAACAUUUACACUCCGCAAGAGCUGCCAGAGAACCACUAUCUUGGUCAUCUAGAGUGCAAGUUGCAUUAGAUGCUGCACGAGGAUUGGAGUACAUUCAUGAGCACACCAAGCCAACUUACAUUCACCGGGAUAUUAAGUCUGCUAACAUACUCCUUGACAAGCAAUUCCAUGCAAAGGUCGCAGAUUUUGGUCUCACGAAACUCACUGAAACAAGAGCUGUAGGAUCAGAUGCAGUGACUCAAUCUACUAGAGUGGUUGGUACCUGGGGUUACAUGUCUCCAGAAUACGCACGAUUUGGAGAGGUGACACCCAUGCUCGACGUCUACUCGUUUGGUGUGGUAUUGUUCGAGAUCUUAUCUGGAAGAGAAGCCAUUAUGCGAGGAGCCUUGACCUUAACCGAAGAUUUUUCUUCGAGCAAUGCUCGACCGAAAGACGAACAAAGAGCUCUGGUCACUUAUUUUGACCCUGUGUUGAAAUAUCCAAACGGGAAGGAGAAAUUACCCAGGUUCAUGGAUCCUUCUCUUGGAGAUAAUUACCCUUUGGAGGCAGCAUGGAAGAUGGCGCAAUUAGCUGAGGCAUGCACGCAAGAGGACCCAACUAGACGACCAAACAUGCGGAAGGCAGUGGUAGCACUCAUGACUUUGUCAUCGUCAACUCAAGAUUGGGAGCUCAGCUCUUUUGGCAGACACAGUGGAAGCUCAACGUCAUUCAGCGAUCAACGGCACUGAUUUAUUGUCAACAAACUGCAACAGGUGCGUGGAGUGGGUCUUCCUACUUCAAAACCGCCUGAAGUUGAUGCCAUUGACUGUAACUUGUCUCUUUGCCUGAUUUUUAAUACAAACACAAUCCUGAAGAAAUAUCACACAAUCUGUAGACUGAUCUUGUUUAUUGUGACAACUUUUGCUUGUUCUA